AUGUGCCAGAAGAAUCAUGAUCCAUGAUGGGGAAUCCCAAGUGGAGACGACACCAAACACCGUGUUACGUGCAACGUCAGCUGCAGAGAUAUCUUCAUGGGAGUGGCAGUGGACAUCGGACUCGGUCACCAUCGACUGGAACCAUCGCUACAUCAACACGCUACACCACAGAAACAAAUGGUUGGAGAGGGUAUUAUCAGUUCCUAAUAUUGAUGAGGAGUAUGAUGACCAAGGGUACAGCCGUGGUGUGGAUCAGAUACCAAAUGUACAAGGAAUUGUUGCCCUAAAAUAUGCUUACGAAGUGGACCACAAGGGGGGAACGUCAAUAGGAACAGUUCCAGAUGACUCCAAAUUCAGCAGCCUCUACUUGAAGCAGUCCCACACAAUCUCACCCCCUUUGGUUGACGGGGACACUCUCCGCUACUGGAUCAGGGCUUAUGACAUCCGGGAGGAGUAUCUGGAGGAGACAGUGACAGUCCACAUUGACACAUCACCCCCUAUCAUUGAGAACCUGUGA